AUGGCCCUGAAGUCCCUGGUGAGCAACUUGGUUGCCGAUGGUCAGCACAGCCACGAUGGGCACUCGACGUGCUUAGCAGAUGGUCACCAUGGACAUGCAUUUGGCCCUAUGGCAUCCAGCUUUACGGCCUUCUUCCCUGAUGCAGUGGCUCCUCAUCACUCUGAUCACUUCCUGCCAUCCAUCGCGCCAGAGACGGUGCACCAAGGUGACGCAGCUCACUUGGACCAGUUCGACCAGUCAUUGCUGGCGACACGGCGCCCAAAGACCUACGUGAGCUUCCACAAGGAGGAAGGCGAAGAGAAGAAGGAAGGAGAGUGA